GCUUGCUGUCAGUCAGACAUCAGCAUCGGAGAAAGUCAGCGAAAAAAUCUUGUUGUGUUUUGCGUGAUCUAAUUUGUUGGAAAUUUUGUUUAAAGGGUUUUAUUCAUUUCGGUGAUAAAAGAAAACUCAUCGAACAUCGGUAUUAACAUGUUGUCUUCCGGCUCCGCAGCGGUUGGUGUCAGUGCUCUCACCGGAGUUAAUUCCUACGGUAACGAUCGAAGUGACGUGGUAGAAUAUGCCACCGAAGGAGGAUUCUUUCAUGCGGAUUAUAAAAAACAUGACGAUCUCAAACAGAUGCUUGAUAGCAACAAAGAUAGUCUCAAGCUAGAAGCAAUGAAACGGAUUAUUGGUAUGAUUGCCAAGGGCCGAGAUGCUUCUGAGCUGUUUCCGGCAGUGGUGAAAAACGUCGUUUCUAAAAAUAUCGAGGUGAAGAAGCUAGUGUAUGUCUAUCUGGUCCGAUAUGCCGAGGAACAACAGGACCUAGCAUUGCUUUCGAUAUCGACGUUCCAGCGUGCUCUCAAAGAUCCUAAUCAACUGAUUAGGGCAAGCGCGCUGCGGGUUUUGUCCAGCAUCCGGGUAUCGAUGAUAGUACCGAUCGUAAUGUUAGCAAUUCGGGAUUCCGCAUCGGACAUGAGUCCCUACGUUAGAAAAACCGCUGCUCAUGCUAUUCCAAAAUUGUACCAUCUAGAUCCGGAGCAAAAGGACGAAUUAAUCACGGUCAUCGAAAAACUUCUUGCCGAUAGAACCACACUCGUAGUUGGUUCAGCAGUAAUGGCUUUUGAAGAGGUUUGUCCUGAAAGAACCGAUUUGAUCCACAAGAACUAUCGGAAGUUGUGUAAUCUGCUUGUUGAUGUCGAUGAAUGGGGGCAAGUUUUGAUCAUUAAUAUGUUGACACGAUACGCCCGAACUCAGUUCACAGACCCUAAUGCCGACGAUUUUAAUGAUGAUGAGGAGAACAUGGACAAUAAACCUUUUUAUGAUGAGUCCUCGUCGGAGUCAGAGCAAACAAAAACGGCACCAAAAUCGCCUAGAAAAACGUAUGCGUUGGAUAUUGAUCAUCGAUUAUUGUUGCGUCAAACGAAGCCUCUGUUACAAAGUCGUAAUGCGUCAGUUGUGAUGGCAGUGGCUCAGUUAUAUCACCAUAUUGCUCCUAAGAACGAGGUUACAAUCGUAGCCAAGGCUUUGAUUCGUUUGCUGCGUAGCCACAAAGAAGUACAGAGCAUUGUGCUUACCUGCAUCGCCUCCAUGUCGGUGGAACGCAAAUCUAUCUUUGAGAUGUAUCUGAAAUCGUUUUUCGUCAGAUCCAGCGAUCAAACUCACAUAAAGUUGCUCAAGCUGGACAUUUUAACAAAUCUAGCUACUGAAACGAGUAUUUCGGUUAUCUUGCGAGAGUUUCAAACUUAUAUUAGUAGUAAUGAUAAGGAUUUUGUAGCAUCUACAAUUCAAGCUAUUGGCAGAUGUGCAGCUUCGAUCAGCGAAGUAACCGACACUUGCUUAAGUGGUCUAGUUCAUCUACUUUCUAAUAAAGAUGAGUAUGUGGUAGCUGAAAGCGUCGUUGUUAUCAAGAAGUUGCUGCAGACGCAAAAAGAAGAGCAUUUUGACAUCAUUACUCAAAUGGCAAAACUUUUAGAUUUUAUUCAAGUACCAGCUGCACGAGCUUCUAUUCUUUGGCUUAUUGGUGAAUACAACGAAAAAAUUCCGAAGAUAGCUCCAGAUGUGCUUCGCAAACUAGCCAAAUCUUUCAUCGAUGAAGAAGACGUUGUAAAAUUACAGGUUCUUAAUCUUGCUGUUAAACUGUAUUUGACGAAUCCGGAUCAAACGGAGCUUCUUUGUCAGUACGUUUUCAACCUAGCUCGUUAUGAUCAAAACUAUGACAUCAGGGACCGAGCAAGGUACCUUAAGCAGUUCAUAUUUCCUGCCAGCGGCAAUGUGACGAUCUUAGCACAGAGUGCUAGAAGCAUUUUUCUUGCUAAAAAACCAGCACCUUCAUUUGAAAGUAAAUACGAUGGACGUAAAUGCUUCCAACUGGGAUCGCUUUCACACUACUUGAAUAUGCGUGCCAAUGGAUACCAAGAUUUACCCCAAUUUCCAGAAACAGCACCCGAUAGCUCUGUGCGUAACGUCGAACCUCCGCCAGAAUAUGGCUACCCAGCCCAAAAUACUGAUGGAGGAAGUCACGAAGAUUCGACUACCCAAAGACGUCCAAAAGACAAGAAAAAAGUCAAAUCUUUCUAUACAGAUUCUGAAAAAAGUUCAUCAGAAGAUGAAAGCAGUUCGGAAUCAGACUCUUGUUCAAGUGAUGAAUCUGGAGAAUCUGGUUCCGGUUCCGAAACGGAUAAGUCGAAUCGUAUAGAAAAAUCAAAAGCCUCCUAUAAUGAUGUCGAUGCGCUGGCAAAGAAAAAGGAAGAUUUCGAAUCUCUUUCCUCCGGUUCAGAAGAUGAAAGUGAGGACAGUAACAGCAGUAGUAGUAGCAGCGGAAGCUAUGACAGCUCUUCUAGUGGUGAUGACAGCGGUUCUAAUGAAUCUGAUAAGGUGAAACCUAAUCCGCCCAAAGCAAACGCAAUGGCCUCUAAAAUUAACAAUUCAUCUGCAUCGCGGACAUCUCGUAAACAAGAUUUGGAUUUAUUAUUAGAUAUAGAUGAUAUAACUCCGGUCGGCCCCAUAAUGACGCCUUCACUUGGGGGCUUUUUAACUCCAAUGACACCAGGUGGUGUGACAAAUUCAGCAAGUGAGACAAUUGAAAUAGUUGGACCAAGUUUCAUUACACAAGAAUAUCAAGAACUUUUGAACAAAGUUAACGGAUAUGGUCUUGGUAUAAAAUAUCGCUUUACACGAGCACCUCAUCUGUAUUCUAGUAAAAUGAUUUCUGUAGAACUUGUUUUCACAAAUCAUGGUAAUUUGGAAAUAACAGACAUCCAAAUUGGACAGAAAAAUCUUCAACCAGGCAUGUCAUUAAAUCAAUUUUCUCCAAUUGAAUGCCUCAACCCAAAGGAAACCAGAAGUGGUAUAUUAGGGCUUGAUUUCAACGAUACUACGAAUCCAGCCAGUUUUGAUAUAGUGUCAAAAAGUGGUUCCAGCCAUGUGACAAUCAAAGCCCCUAUUGGUGAACUUGUGCGGUCAGUAACACUUUCAAGUGCGUUAUUCAUUUCAGAACGUGCUAAACUGAGGGGUAUGAACGAACAUUCUUGCAACCUUACACUAAAAGAAGGUCUUUCCGUUGGGAAUGGUUCGCUGCUUCGGCAUGUAUUUGAGGCUGCAAAUGUCAAUAACAUUGCUAGCAACGAUUCAGGCCAGGUAUGGUUCGCUGGCCAAACAAUGAGCUCGGAGAGUUUAGUUUUUAUUGUUUUGCAAAGAAAGUCUGAUCAAGAAUACACGUUGACUGUAAAUUGUGAAAAAAUGGUAGUCGGUUCUAUGCUUCUGAAUGAAAUCAAAGCUACACUCAAACAGUAAAAAAUUAUCAGGUAAUAUUAAGAAUAACGCAAAUAUAUUUUAUCCCAAUAGUG